AUGACCUCUGAAGGAAGCUGCAGUUGGUACGUUGGAUUCAGUGAAUCAAUAGGGGGAACUACGGAGAAGAAACUUGCAGAUCUAUGGCAGCAAUUGCUGAACAGUGUACGUAGUGAAAAAGCUCUUGAAGAGGCAGUAGAAGGACCUAGAACAGACUGGAAUCCAUAUAGACCUGCUCGCGGUGAACAUCAGCAGCAGCGUGUAUUAAAUAGUGAAGUCUAUGAGUGGAGGUCAACAAUACCUGUAGACUCCCUCUGUGUUAUGGGGACAACACUGUCUAUAGAUAGAUCAGAAAGGAAAUUAUCAAAUGUGAGUCAUGAAGAACAAAAAUAUGGAGUAUUGGGGAAGGAAAACGUAGUGUCAACGAAGGAAUUUAUAGGUGAUAAGGGUAGUAGUUCUGAUGAUAAUAAAAUUGCCUUAUUCUCUAAAAAUAAAAAUGAGGCAAACCAUGUAAUAAAUACUACUUUUACUACUACUACUACUACUACUACUAAUAAUAAUAAUAAUAAUAAUAAUAAUAAUAAUAAUAAUAAGAGUAAUUUUAAAGAUAACUAUGAAUCUUCAAUGCAAACAGUUGUGGAUACUAUAUUUAAUAACUUGUGGCGAACAGUUGCUGUACCAUGGAUUAUGAAUCAUUACAUGGGUGGACAAUCACAGCAAGAAGAUAAGAAACGGAAAAUAAGUGAAAAACGAGGAGGAUCUCAACUACGACGGCGUUUUUCUCCAUGUGUGGAUCGAGCUAAACGCCUCUCAAUAGAAUCAGGUUCAGUUAGUGAUGAUAUGCUUAACCGCAGACGCCCAACAACAGGGCCAGCGUUUCAACGUGUUAGAGCAGUAGCGCGGACCAAGUUGUUACUUCCUGCUGGUGUAAAAGCACAAUAUCGUUCAGCACACUCUUCUACUACUAAACCGUUACAACAAAUUGUGGUAUCGCGAUCAAAGAAAACUACUUCUGCAAGCCCUUACUAUUCAUAUUACCAGGAUCAGUAUCAGUCUCAGAAGAAACAACAACAACAACAUUUAGGUGUGGUGGCAAAAGUAAAUACCAAUUUACCUGGUGAUUCAAACUUUCCUAAACAAAAAAGGCUUAGUUACUCAAAACAAAUGACGGCAUUGUCGCCGAGAAAAUCUAAUCCUAGUGCUAGACCUAAUGUUUUGGGAAAUUCUCUUUCGCAGAAGCCACUAGUUCAUAGUGGACGAACAGCUGCUUUAAGUAGUGGUUUGGUCCCUCGCGAUGGGUCUCCACAGUUUAUUAGAAUGAGUUCAAAAGAGAAACGAAUUGGGGUAUACUCUGAGCCUACAGAAGGAAAUGUUAUUUCCGCUCAUGGUUCUCCAAUUAAUCGUGCUCGUAAAUUGGCUCCUUUACCAACAAGAAAAAAACAAUCAUCAUCUCCAGUAUUACAGCGACAACAAUAA